CUGCAUAGGAGUUUUUACAAAUUUUUUUCCGUUGCUCGGUUAUUCUUUAAUUUCUUUUAUUUUAUCGUAUUUAUUUUAUCUUCAACUAGCAUCACUAUCGAGGAUGUUGUGUAUGUAGUCAAUACUGGAUUCAUUAAUGUGAGUGAUUUCGACCCAAAUUCAGAUACCUCUACCCUCGCGCCACGACUUUUGAGUAAGGCGAAUGCUCUUCAGCUUCAACCUGGAGAAUGUUAUCACCUUUUCACUUCAUAUACUUAUAAAAACGAAAUGGAUGACUAUUUACCUCCUGAAAUCCUGCGAAUCCGUUUAGAAUACGUAAUCCUUCGGAUAAAGGUGAACUAA